AUGGAGUCUAAGGCUUCCGCUGAUCUCGGCAGGGAGUACUCGGCGAUGCAUAAGCUGCAGGAGAGCGUCUUUGGGUUGAGCACUGAGAAGCCCUCCGAAGCACUUAGUGGCAGCGUGGCCGAGCAUAUCAGUAGAGUCCUGGUGGAGAUGGCUAGAAGGAAGAAGGAUGGUGACACCGAGUUGGAGGAGGCUGAUGUCUCGGCUUAUGUCGAAAGGAUCAGCAGGUAUGUGAAAGACUUAUACCCUCCUAAAGAGGGAUCCUGGAAGCAUAAGAAGACGGAUGAAGAACUUCAGAUCCACGCUCGCCAGACCGGGGGUUGUGAUCGAGUGUCCGAUCCCUCCCGAGGAUGUCUCAUGCAAUCCCUCAGCGAGAGCGGCUCUUGGGAUAGCCGGCCUGAGCAUCGGCGGGGAAACGGAGGUGGUAUUGUUGUCGAAGAGGAUGAGGGAGUUGGCUGGGAAGCUCGGGGAGGAUGGGAAGAUGCUGAGGUUCUGGGGAAAGAUAUUGAUAUCACUGUUGAUUGUUGGUCUCGGCACUCUCAUCUGAACAUGAUCGGUAUGGUGGCACACUAUGGUACAGGAUCGCAAGUUGGCGAUGCUCCAGCAAAGUCAACCAUCAUCGGCCUGGAGGUCAUUGACGGCGAACAUACUGCGGAAAACCAGGCCAGCGUGAUAGUUGGCCGACUCACCGAGAUGGACCUGAUCUCGAAGGUGUCGUUCAUCGUCAGCGACUCGGGUUCCGACAUACGCCGAGCCUGCACUAAACUCAUGAUGGCGUCCCGUGAUCCGCGGGAUAAGGAGAAAGCUGACAAGAACGACCAGAGGGAUAUCGCUGCCCCGGAGGAGUUCCUCUUGUCCAACCUAGUGUGUUGGCUGCCUUGUGCAGCCCAUAGGAUGCACUUGGUAGUCUCCAAUGCCUUACGGCUGUUCGAGGGACUCCUCCCGGAAGGUGUGAUGGCGGAAACUGACAGUGAACGGCCGGAUGAUGGUGACAGUGACAGCUCAGACGAGGAAGAUCUUGAAGCCGCGACCUACAGUGACGAAGACGGGGAAGGGUCGGAGUCGGACUCUGAAUGGGCACCCCAAGAAGAUGCUGCUUGGUUGCGAGGUCUAGGCGGCCCGCGGCUUCGUAGUCAUAAGACUGUCGUUGGCUGUCUGCAGAAGUGCCGCGCCUUGCUUCGCAUGCUCCGGGUCAGUUCCAAAGCUGCUGGACUGAUGAAUGAAGCCCAAGAUGCCUUGCCAGCCGACCAAAAGAAGCCCUUGAAUUAUUUGGCGGACACUCCCACCAGGUGGAAUUCCACCUACAAAAUGUUGCAGAUGGUAUGCGACAAUGAGGCGGCUUUCGACGGCUUCCAGAUGAGGGUGAAGGGAACUCAAAAAAGGGGACAAGUGUGGGGAAACCGUCCGUGA